AUGAAAGUGAACAACGAUUCUGCAGAUAAUUUACAAAAUAGGCUGAAAUUUAAUGAAAUAGAGAAAUGGUUUGAUGAGGAGAUGCCCGUCGUUUCAAUAAUCAAUGAAAUCAAUACAUACGACAAGUGUUUGAAUGAAAUAGAAAUGAAUCGUUCGGCAGAACUGCUGAAUGCGACCCAAAAGAUCAGGGAUCCGGUCAGCAAAAUAACAUGUCUGGCCACUAAACAUCCAGAGGUGCGACACACUAUGGCAGUGAAAUGGGAACAGGAGAUCAGACGGCUUGCGCUGAUGUGCAGACAUUUGAGUGCAUUCACCGGUAUCUGCGAUGAGGACCGGAUGUCCCUCUUGAAGACCGGUUACCGCGAGAUAAUAGCUUUGCGUUCACUCAUUGCUUAUAAUAAUGAUCAUCGAUACUGGGCUGUAGUUUUGGAUUCAAACAAUACAACGAUCCUUAAGAUGGAAACAUUUAAAAUGAUUGACGAAAAUCUGUUUGAAAUUCAUAAGCAGUUCUUUACAAAAUUUGGCGGCGAAUGGGAUUUUGAUACAAUUAUUUUAGACCUGUUGACAACCAUCGCACUGUUUACACCACAUCGGCCCGAC